AUGUGGCCCAUGAAGGAAACAAUUUUGACGAAAUGCAAGGCCAGAACACCGAAGGCUCUAGAGGCUAAAGAGAAGUGCAAGAAAGCGCUAAAUGAUGCAAAAAGGAAGAGGGAGGAGAAGACUGUUCGUGAGCUAGAACUUAGAGAGGAAGUGAAUGUUUCUCGGGUUGGAGGUGGAGAGUCAGAGGAAGUCACUUGUAUUGGAAGUUCAGAGCCUCACAAAUUAGGAUCCAUUGACAAAUGGACACGUGCUAUUGAUCCUAAAGCAACCAAAUCUGAAUCUUUCACUCAACAGAAACUGAACAAGGAGCUUUGGAAAGAAAGAACACAUGAGGUGCAUAAAUAUAUUGCAAGAUGGGUCUAUACACAUGCAAUACCAUUCAAUGCAUGUGACAAUGAUGAGUUCAAACAAAUGGUUGAAGCAAUUGGACAAUUUGGGGCUGGACUUGAACCUCCAACUCAAUAUGAUCUGCGAGAGAGAUUGCUGGAAGAAGAAUAUACAAGAACCAAGAGUUUGCUACAAGAACAUGAAGCCGAGAAGCUGAAGAAUAGGUGA